ACCGAUUAUCGCUGCCCUUCUUUUGUUUACAAAUUUAUUUUGGGGACGGUGUGUGCGCCAUGGCCGACACGAAAUCUGGACGCCAUGCAGCGGCCAGUGGCAGUGGCACCAGUGGGCUUACUCCCCUGGUGCAGGGACCGGAGAACCUGGAGUGCAAGGACUUUCAGGAGUAUCUGCGCACCCGGCAAACGCCGGAGACUCUGGAGAAGCUAUACAACUAUCCGCCGAUCUGCUUGGCCGUCUUCCGGGAGCUGCCCGAGCUGGCUAGGCAGUUUAUCAUACGCAUUCUGUUUGUGGAUCAACCAGUGCCGCAGGCGGUAGUCACAUCCUGGGGUGCACAACGUUUUGCCAAGGAUCAAUCGGAGGCCACAAGCUGCUUGACAGCGUUGAAUGUCUGGCGGGUUACCGCUAUUCCCGGAGGCCUCACAGCCUGGGAACUUUCGCCCACGUUUAAGAAGAGCGUGCGCCAAGUGCUGCUCGGCGGUGGAAAACCGUGGCCCAUGACUAACACGCUAGAGAAGGACUCCAAGCCCAGGGACAUUGCCUUCCUAGAUACCUAUGCCAUGUCUCGCUGGCGCUGUGUCCUCCACUACAUGGUGGGAACGGGAAAUCGCAACGGCACCGAUGCGGAGGCAAUUAGUCCGGAUGCUGUGCGGAUUCUGCUGCAUGCCAAUCUGAUGAAGCGUGAUGACCGGGAUGGAAUCACUAUUACCAGGCAAGGAUUUCAGUUCCUGCUGCUGGAUACACGGGCGCAGGUGUGGCACUUUAUGCUCCAGUAUCUGGACACGUGCGAGGAGCGAGGCAUCUCUCUGCCCGAAUGCCUCUCCAUGCUGUUCCAGCUGAGCUUCUCCACUUUGGGACGGGACUACAGCUCGGAGGGCAUGAACAAUCAGAUGUUGACCUUCCUGCAGCAUCUAAGAGAGUUUGGGUUGGUCUUCCAGCGGAAACGCAAGGAGGGACGCUUCUAUCCCACCCGCUUGGCCCUGAAUGUGACCAGCAAGGAGGCAGCGGCCACCGCUACAGUGGCCACCAAUGAGGAGGAGGGCGUCCAGGACUCUGGCUACAUCGUUGUGGAGACUAAUUACCGUGUGUACGCCUACACGGAUUCCCCACUUCAGGUGGCUGUCCUCGGUCUGUUUACGCAGCUUCUCUACCGCUUCCCCAAUCUCGUCGUGGGCGUGCUAACCCGCGAUUCGGUGCGCCAGGCGUUGCGUGGUGGCAUCACAGCGGAGCAGAUUGUCUCGUAUCUGGAGCAAUAUGCGCAUCCCAACAUGCGAUUGGUCGAGUCAGCCAUUCAGUCGAAAUCCUGCCUGCCACCGACGGUCGUCGAUCAGAUCAAGCUGUGGGAAAUGGAGCGCAAUCGCUUCACCUACACGGAGGGCGUUGUCUAUAAUCAGUUCCUGUCUCAAACCGACUUUGUAACGCUGCGUGACUACGCCCAGUCGAUCCAUGUUCUGGUGUGGCAGAACGAACGAACGCGUACCAUGGUCGUCCAGAAGAAUGGCCAUGACGACGUCAAGCGGUACUGGAAGAAGUACUCAAAGAGUGGUGUCUAAUUCGUAUGAUAUA